UCCCCGGCGCUGCUGCUUGUCGGGGACCAGGACCUGCAGAUGUCAGCAGUCCGGCAGUCCCAGCACAUUCAUUCUGCUCCACCAGUUGAUGCCGGCGACCUUGUCUGACGGUGGUUACACCUUUCAGUCCUACAUUGUGCUUUCCUAUUCACCAUGGCAGCAUCGAACGGACUGGAUGAGGAUUGCGUGUUGCAGCGGGGAAGAUCCCAGAGUGACCCGAGCAGCAUCACCGAGGUCCGCUUGGGUGAAGCGCACAGAGCAGAUGCGAUGGACCAGCAGAGGGCACUGCAUUCAGGUUGCAUGGUCUCAGGGGUUCGUACACCUCCUGUCCGUCACAACAGCAAGCUGGCCAGCCUGGGACGCAUCUUCAAGCCCUGGAAAUGGAGGAAAAAGAAAAACGAGAAGCUGAAGCCCUCUGCAACGGUGGAGAAGAAGGCAGCUGUACGACAGAAGAGAGGUGACCUGGUCAGGAGGAACCCUGGGGAGAUGGAGACAGAGUCAGAUCUUGCAUGUGGGGGUAACAGUGAAGACCCAGACACCCCCACUCAUUCUGAUGAUGAGGACAGAGACGAGGAGCCUGUAGCACCUCUGGCCAGCACCAAUGAAGAGCUGGGUAGUGAUUUAGAAACCUCAACAGUGCAAGAUAUGACUGAAGAUUCAAAGACAGUGGGAGAUCCCAGUCAGAGUGAAGAUGGAGAGGAUGAAAGCACAUCACUAAGCGACCCCAGCGACGAGCAGCCGAUGGGGAAGGUGGAGGCUGUCGAGGGGAAACAGGAGGCGACGGUGGCCCAGCCUCAGAGACGAGCCAGCACCCCACCUCCACCCACCCUGCCAGUCAAACUGCUGACCAGACUGGGCAGCCUAGAUGGUGCUAGUGCAGUUCCAGUGAAGAAGUCCCCAGCCACCUUACCCAGGAACUUCACGCUUCCCAGAGACUCUCAUGGUUCCCUGUUGAGAGGCAGGAUCUCCACACCUACCGGGUCCCCUCACCUCGGGGUGCUACACCCACAGCUACCCCCCAGCUGCAUUAUUGAGGAACUACACCGCGCCCUGGCCACCAAACACAGACAGGACAGUUUCCAGACAAAGGAAGCGCGUCCAUCCCCUAAGCGCCGGCUGGAUGGCCGUCUGUCCCGCACGGCCAGCACAGAGAAGGAGCCUGCCGGGGAGUUAGACGGCAAGAAGGAGUCUGAUGAGAACAAGGAGAACUGGCGUCUGGAUGAAUACCUAAGCGACCAGGAUAGCUGGAAUGAGUCUGUGAUCUCCGGGACCCUCCCACGCAGGAUGAAGAAGGAGCUGCUGGCUGUGAAGCUUCGGAACAGACCCAGUAAGCAGGAGCUGGAGGACCGCAACAUCUUCCCAGUGCGGAGCGACCAGGAGCGGCAGGAAAUCCGCCAGCAAAUCGAGAUGAAGCUGGCCAAGCAUGAUGAGACCAAACCUGAUUCGUCGGGAGGAUGGGAAUGAACAUGGCGCUGGUAGGGCUGUUAUUACAGUCCCUGCCCAGUUCCAGUACAUCACAUUUCCACACAGAGAAAUAAAAAAUGUGCAUGCUGGUCAUAGUUCAGUUAGAAAAUCUACCAUAGCACAUCUGUCCUGCUGCUGAUGGUGCUGUCAGCUGAAGGCCUCUGUCAAAAGUAGUUCAGCUGACGUCACUCACAUUCAGCUCUGGGGCUGAGGUGAUUGGAGCGGCAAACAGAAACAAGCUGUGCUGCUUUGAGUUUUUAUCAAAGCUUUGCAGUUUUUUUGAAACAUGACUCAGUUCAUAAAACUUUAUAGGUUGCCAAACUGUUGCUCUGUGACAGUGACUCAGUUUGAAACUGAGGGACUCGUGAUAUGAAUCAACAUUCAGGGGCAGCUCUAGAAUUUGGAAGUUGUACACAUCUGCUGCCACUAGCUGUUGUUAAAUGAAAGUUUGUUCUCUCUACAAAACAAAUUAGAGCACAGUUAGCUUUUUACCUGUUUCCUGCCUUUAUUACAAACUUAGCUAACCAUGGUCUCCACAGACAAGAUACUGUAAGUAUCAGCCUCCUCAUCUCAGUCUCAGACAGAAAGCCAGCGGUAAACACAGCACUGUUACCACAAAGUUGAUUGGUUGAAUAUGUUAGCUUACAGUUGCAUAUUUAGACAUGUAGCAGACAUGGAGCAUCAUUAGCACUAGGAGCUAUGUUCCUGGUUCUCUGCUUCUGGAUAUUUACUCCCUUUGACCGCUGUUUAGGUCUUCACCAAACCCUCAGGGAAAUACCUGCCUUUGUAGCUGCUAAGUGCUCCACUAUGUUCACUAGCUGGUUGCAAACGUUUCUGUCUGUCAUUUCAUACUAGCAGUCAGUGUGCAGUAACAAUUAUCAUAGCUUUUUUGUUAAGCCUUGCCCCUGAGGAGCUUCUGAACUGCCAGAGAUAUGAGGGAGGGUUUCCCCGAGUCAGACUCUGCCUCCUCCUCAUAGGAAGUGUCAGUCACUCAACAAUACCCCCAGUCAGAGUUAACAGGGUCAAAUUAGUUUAUAGCUUUAAACUAUACCUUUAUGCCUUCUGGAAUUCAUGUGAUUUUUCUUUUUCUCCCUUUAAAACUCUGAUCUGUGUAGAACCUACUGUAUUUCACUUUGACAAUAUUUACUAUCAGGCCACUAUCAGUAAUUAAUUUACAUCAUACACAUUUAUGUUGGCCCAAAGCCUGUUCUGAGUCUGGGGAAAAGCUGUUCACUAACAACUGCCUCAGUACACUGUGUUGGCUAAAGUGAUUUCAGAUGAUUAUAACAAACCUGUUGUUAAUCCCACCCUUACUAACUGGUUCAGUUUUGGUUGAGAUUAGAAGAAACGAGUUGUGGUAAAUUUGGAGACUGUAUUCUGUUGUGUUGUGGAAAUAUAUUGCAUUAUGUUAAUCCAGGUUAACAGUUAGCACACAUCAGUGCAUUGUACUUGGAUUUUAUUGUGUCCCUGUUAUAAGGGGUGACUGUUUACUGUGGCAUAAGAUUCACAACAGAAUUCUUUUUGACUGCUGUUCUUCUGCUUCCCUUGGAUGUUGCUUUUCUGAGUCAAGCGCUCUGAGUUUUGGAGUGUGGAGCAGGAUUUUCCUGAAGGCAGAGAAGGAAUGCAACACAGAACAUAAUCAUAUUUGUAGUGUUAUGUAAAAGGCAAUGGGCUGUUUUUAUGGUGACUUUGAUAGGAUUAACAUUCAAAUCAGGAUUCGUUUAUAAGUGAAUAAUACAGUGGCACGACGUGCCGCUGGGCUCAUGCAGUGCUCAGAGUGGUGGGGGUAGGGAACACUCCUCUGUGUGGACACAACUCCCAAGUAUAGUAACCUAAUCCUGAAGCAUGGCGGCUGCCUUCCUCACUGAAACUGAUGAACUUCAAGUUUUGUUGGUGGACAGUAAAACAGGAGUGGAGGAGUGGCUUUGGCGAGAAGCCAGAACGAAAGGGUGGGAUUUCUUUGGUUGGCUACUUUCAAAUUGAGCUUCCUCUUGCUGGUUUUUCCAAGAUCGCCAACUGUAGCUUUAGGACCCGCUCUCUUUGUUGUGAGAUGUACCAUGAUAAUGCUUGAUGGUUUUACUGUUCAACAUCACUGCUUAUACCUGUGAGAGGUAUAUUCAAGUACCUCAACUUGAUACAGGUGGCAUUUUUAUGCUGCUCUGCGUUAUCUGUUGUUCAUUAUAUCCUUAUCACUUAUUAUAUUGUUUGUUAUAUUGUCUAAUACAUCAUAUUUAAAAAAUAUAUCAUACAGUUUUACAUAAACUUUUACUGACCCACCAGCACAGGUGUUUUCACUUAUUGUUGCCUAAUUAGUGCUGUUUCUGAUUGACUUCUCCAUCGGCCUUUUGUUGAUGUUGUUGCACCUUUUGGGGCUCCACCCAUCUUACACCAGACUCAGGUGUGAGCAGCCAUAGUGGUUUAAAGCACCUGUGUGGGUGUCACAAACUAACUACAGCUGUCAGAUAAACAUAGUGGGCUAAAAAUGAUAAUAUUUCCCUCUGAAAUUUAGCAGAAUUUAAGUAUAAAGCAGAAUAACAUGGAAAUGCUAAGGAAAAUAUUUCAAAAUUGUUCCUUCAGACUUGAGUAAACUACAAAAUACAGGGAGUUAUAACUAAAAUGUGUUUUAGUGUCUGUCUACUCAUUGAAUUGGGCAGGUUUUUAAAAAGUUUGAUGAUAUAAAUCAAAUAAUAACAAUGUUUAUUUAUAAUGCUCUAUAAAAACAGCCGGGGGUUGACCAAAGUGCUUUAAGCAAAUACCAUUGUAAAAUAAAAUAAGUGUAAAAAGAGUUAGUUAAAAGAAGGAGUUGAAAUCUAAAAACACCAACAAAAACCAGCACUUUACAAAAAAUAAAGCUAAUAAAGUUAGAUAGUUGUUUGGAAGUUUCUAAACAAGUUGGGAGUUAAAGCAAAUCAAACCAAAAAGUGUCAGAGCACUAAAAGCCAAUGUAAAAGUUGUGUCAGACUGGCGACCUGUCCAGGGUGUGCCCUGCCUCUCGCCCAGUGUUAGCUGGGAUUGACCCCCCU